UAAAACCUAAUCUCCUAAUCUUUUCUCUCUAUCGUCAUCAUCAUUUCAUCAUAACAUCAUAAUCCAUUAUCACCAUUGAAAUCCUUGUUCUAUAGAUGAUCCUUCUUCCUCACUGAUCUUCUCCUGGGCUUUGAUUCUCCUUGUCUUCGAUCCUCGGUGGAUUCUAGAUAGGGAUUUAUCAUUAGUUCUGCAACCCCGUUACAUUGGUAUCAGAGCUUUCGAGCUUCGGACCCCGGAAAAAAAAAAUCUAUGGCGAUGGUGAAUCUGUCUUCAGAAACUCUUCGUGAGAUGCUCAGCAUAAUUCGUGAAGCAAGAAACGAUUAGAAGAAAUUACGUGACUCAGCCUCCAUGAUUGCACAAUCAAAACCAGAAGAGCUGAAUCGGAAGAAGGCUGAAAACCCUCUGGGUAAUAUUGUCGGAACGGCGGCGAUACAAGCCCCUUUGUCCACGACCUCUACGAUCAAUCCGAUGAUGACAUCAGUCUCUCCAACCUCACCGAAACCCCCAGAACCUCCAGAUUAUUAUCAUAAGAAGCGGGUUAAGGAGGCUAAAGCUCCACAACUGCAGAACCAAAAGAUCUCUCUGAAGUACUCGGAUGAAGAGAAGAUUGACGAGCUCGUGGACAGUGUCUCUGUAGUUUUGGAUCAGAAAGAAAAGCAAGUCACUGAUCAUGAAUACAAGCAUGCCGAAGCUAAGCUUGCAGAUUAUUAUUCACUGUCAAAUGAAUAUCAGGAUGAUUCAGCAAAAUUGAUCAAAUCAUCCAACGAUCUCGAGCUCUCGGUUGAACGCAUAUGGGAGCCAGGUGGGUUACCAACUGAAGCAGCUCAGUGGUACUGGACAGAGAAGUUUUCCAGUCAUUGUGAAGCAUUUCUAUGUCCUCAGAUGCAAAUGCUGACUUGGGAUCCAGGGUCGUUUAAGAUGUUAGGAAGAGAGACGGGUAACAAUACUCAUUGGCUAGAAGACAAACGAGAAGCUCAACACAAGCAAAACGAGGUAAUGAAACUCACGUCAUCUUGGCACAACUGCUUGUGGGAACCUGGUGGAUCACCGGCUGAAGUAGCUCACUGGAACUGGAUAGUGAGUUGUCACGAACAUGCUGUCACGUUGGAGCUUAUCCUGAAGUUACAUGAGCCACAUUUGCAAAGGAAUACAAAGGGUGAGGUCCUAGAGUUGUCAUGUUCACAAAAGUUCGGAGUUGAGAAAGAUGUUGAAGCUACUGUAGGGAAGUGGCCAGAGAAACGUCAUAGGUUGUUGUUUUAUGCAACACUGCCGGUUUUGAUAACUGGAAAUAGAUACUCCAUCAAGAGUUUGAAAGUUACUCUUAGCAGACUUUUGGAUCAGAACUCUGCAACUAUGAGAAAGAUGAGAUGGCUUCACAUGAUAGAGUUGGUGUGUUCAAUGAUGAUAAAGCUUGAUGAGAAGAUUUCACUGAAAAAUCUCGAGAGGUUCAGGUCACUGAAGAAGUCAUCAGACAUGAACUCCUUACUGAACAUUCUGGAGCCAGCUAUGCCAAGCAGUAGGCGACUGCUAGUUGUAGGCCUGAGACAGUUUUGUUUUUGCUGGUCUGAAGUUCCACUUGAAACACAAAUGGCGUUCUAGACUAUUGGAAGCAUUUUCAGAGAAGAAAACAAGGUCACAGGGUGGUUCGGAUUACACUGAAGACGACAUAGCUAGG